AUGCGCGAUUCUAAGGUUGCUCCUCGCCUCCUUCGUAUGUUCUUCCAUGAUUGUUUCGUUAGGGGAUGUGAUGCAUCGGUUCUACUAGACUCCACUGAUGAUAAUGUAGCAGAAAAAGAUGGUCCUCCAAAUAUGUCGCUUCGAGCAUAUUACGUGAUUGAUCAAGCCAAAGCUAGGCUAGAAGCAGAUUGCCCUCGAACGGUCUCAUGUGCUGAUAUUGUUGCGAUUGCAGCUAGAGAUGUAGUCAACUUGUCAGGAGGACCAUAUUGGGAUGUGUUCAAAGGUAGAAAGGAUGGAAAGGUAUCAAGGGCAAAUGAGACUCUAUUACUACCAACACCAUCCUUUAAUGCAACUAAACUUAUACAAACAUUCUCAAAGAAAGGCCUAGGAAUCAAAGACUUGGUAACACUUUCUGGAGGACAUACACUAGGAUUUUCACAUUGUUCAUCCUUUGAAGCUCGACUCCAUCGUUUUAGCGACAUUUUCGACAUGGAUCCUAGCAUGGACUUCAUUUUUGCUAACAUGCUCAAGGAGAAGUGUACUAAUAAGCAUCAUAGGGACACUACUUCAGGGUAUUACUUGGAUUCGACUUCAGCAAUUUUCGAUAAUGAGUAUUACAAGAGAUUAGUAGCGCGAAAAGGUGUACUUGCAACAGAUCAAGUGUUGUACAAUGAUUAUAGGAGUAAGUUUUUGGUUGAGUCAUAUGCCAAAUAUGAGACCUUGUUUUUUAUGGAAUUUGCAGCUUCCAUGAUUAAACUUGGUAAUUUGGGUGUUAAUAGUCAUUAUCAUGGAGAAGUUAGAACAAAUUGUAGGUCUGUGAAUUGAGUUCCAACUUUCAAAGCCA